CGGUUACCGUUUAUGGGGUCACUAGCUGGACUAAAUCAAUUAGAUUACUUGACAGACUACCACGGGCAGCUUGCUUUUAUCUACACUGGCAGAAUCGGGUAUCAUUUCGGUAGUCACUGGACUUACGGUUAUAGGACUUCUGCUACCUUUGGUGCAUUCUGUGGGUAAUAUGUGCAAUAUAACCAGCUAGCGGACAAAAGGGCAACAUGGUGAAGAAAAAGCGCGUCCGUCUGAUCGCGGAGAUGGCACGGAAGAUUCGUGCCUACCGUGAACUGAAGAAUCGGCCAACUGAGUCUCAGCGGUAUGCCCUUGACUAUGAGACGAUGACUCGUCCAUUCACUGGUAAAACAUUGCCGGUUCUCGCGUGGGAAGACGUACGGCGUGAAAGUCGGCUGUUUACCUUACUGGCCAGUAUGCGGAUGUUCGGUGUGGGGAGAAUUUUCACACGAAAAUCGUGGCUCGAGGAGCAUAUUGAGCCUUGCUAUUGGAAGAUCACGAAGGUGAAAGUGGAUUACACGGCAGAGGAUAUGGAUCAUGGAAAAGCCUGGGGAGUCAUGACUUUCAAAGGCAAACAAGAGGAUAAGGAGCGCGAGGUUGAGAAUGCCAUGCAUCACGACUGGCGGUUACUACCCAAACACGAGGAGGCCGACUUCACACGGUUUGAGCCCGUCCCAGAACCCCCUAUACGUUAUGUCAUCUACCCACCCCUCCUGCGUGCUAUGAUCCUGGCCCAGAAGGGUCUCUCAACAACAGAGGAACCCAUGCUGCCUCUGAGACGAGACAUCCUGUUAAGCAAAGAGUACUUCCGGAACCAGGACCAAGAGCGACAGAGACAGAGACAGGCAGGGGAAGGCACACCAGUCUGAGUCAUGGGCUCAGCAAGCAAAUGGUUACAGAGAGAAGAGGGCCAUGGACGUGAGCCCAAGCACUCUUGAAAUGAACAUAACAUUGAAGCCACUCACUACUAAAGACUGAAAUAAUUCUUGGUAAAGUUGGCACUGUCAUUAUGACUCACCUUUCCCUUGAUGUUGUAUCGAUGACUGUAAAUAAACGCAUGUUCUUGUCCAGAA